ACAAUAUACAAGUUCCUUUUGAUUGAUUCAUCUCCUUGCUCUGCUCUGAUGCAAGUGGCGGCUUGGGAAUUUACCAACAUGACGAGGCGAAUACUUGAACAACAGCCAGCGGCUAGAGCGUCACCUGCCCAGAGUUCCAGCUCGCCACUCCAGGCGUCGUCCCGUCAGAUCUUCUCCACAGGCUUUGGUAUUGCCAUCAGAUCCAAAGAUGAUGACGACUCAGUCACUUCGGAAGAUGUCGCUGCGACGAAGAAGACCUUUUACACCAUAAUCAAAGCUGGACUUCUCAUUCCAGGCGACGGCGAGCCUCUCGAGGAUGGUGCCCUCGUUAUUGAGAACAAGCUCAUUGCCUGGGUGGGUGCUCAAGGCGACAUCCCAGAGAAGUAUACAGAUGCCAACCACCGCAGCUUCUCGGUGCCUUUCCUGAUGCCAGGCUUAUGGGAAUGUCACGCACACUUCGCUGGAAUCGGCGAAGAAAGCGCGCCGCUGGGCUUUCUGGCACUUCACACUGAACACCCGGCAGCUUGUGGCGCGCGCCUGGCUAAGAUGUGCUGGGAGAGCUUGCAGCGCGGGUACACGUCGGUUCGCGACAUGGCCGGCUAUGGGUGCGAGGUUGCACAAGCCGUCAACAAUGGGGCAAUCGUGGGGCCCAACAUCUACAGCGCUGGUGCCGGUCUGUCUCAACUUGCCGGGCAUGGUGAUAUCUUCAAUCUACCAGCGGGCGAUGUUCUCUCUAAUCUUGGUGUGUCGAAUUCCAAACCUGGUCAAUUCGGCACUGGCGCCAUUUGUAUCGUUGAUGGUGUUGACGAAUGCCGACGUGGCGUGCGCCUUCAAAUUCGCCGCGGUGCCAAAUGCAUAAAGAUAAUGGCCUCUGGUGGUGUCAUGUCCUUGGACGACAACCCACUGUACGCUCAGUUCUGCAAGGAUGAGCUUGACGCUAUUGUCGAGGAGGCUACGCGCAUGAACCGGGCCGUAGCCGCCCACGUCCACGGCAAGCCCGGUAUUAUUGCUGCUGUUAACGCCGGCGUCACGACUAUUGAGCACGUGUCAUAUGCUGACCAGGAGUGCAUUGACCUGAUUAAAGAGAAGGGCACAGUUUUCAUCGCAACACGAACCGUGGUGGAAAAGUUACUGGCAACUAAAGGAAAAGGCCUGCCGAAAAAGGUCUGGGAGAAAGCGAAGCUGGUUUCUAGGAAUGCAGAAAAUGCAUACAAGUUGGCAAUCAAAGCCGGCAUCCCGUGUGCUCUAGGUACCGAUACGGAUCCUGGCUUCAACCAGGCGGUGGAACUCGAAUAUGCCGUCCAGGCAGGCAUGAGCAAUCUGGAGGCUAUCAAGGCGGCAACUGCUAACGGACCGUUGACUGUGGGUGGACAAGCACCAAAAUCUGGCCAACUGAAGACUGGAUACGAGGCUGAUAUCCUUGGGUUGACGGAAAACCCGGUGGAAGAUGUUAAGGUUUUGCAGAAGAAGGAUGUUGUAGAGUGGGUGUGGAAAGGGGGCAAGAUAUUCAAGGGCCCGGGCAUUGGACCAUGGGGAGAGGACUACGUUAUGGAUUGAAUCAGUGAAUUAAAUGAGCACACGUUUGCUUCAAAGAUGUUCAAGAAGUGAAUAAUCGUGUGGAGUAAAGAAAGUCG